AUGACCCUGUUACCAGAUCUUGCGUCUCUCGCUCGAAUAGAGUAUAGGGAGGCCUUUGCUCGCGCAGUUGCCGAGGGAACUCGAAGUCCCCUAGUCCUCCCAUACUGUCUCCUCGGGCCUUUCAUCCUACCUCCAGUUUACCUUGCUAUCCCUCACAGAAACCGGCCAUGGCUAUACCGCUCUCGAUGGCUCAUCGUCGGAUUCGUUGUUGCCUUUGACGCCAACAUGAUCCGGACCAUGUCAAGCAUGAACGUUGCCUGUGCUUACGCUUCUGGGCUAAUGGGAAUCUGGGGCAUCCUCUCAACUCUGAACCUCCUCGUCUGGACUGAUCCGCAGUCAAACUAUGCGAGGGCCGUCAAACUUGUCAAAGACUCGACCAAGAUGAACGGGGCGUCCAAGCAUCAUGUUAAGGAAACAAACGGAUCAUCCAAGGAAGAUGGAUUACGACAACGGAAGACAGGGUCUAUCCCUGAGGCCAAAGAUGGCGAAGAGCCCAGCAGGCUCGAGGACUCGGGCUGCGUUUGGCAGACCUUCCCUGAGAACGGUUCGUUUGGUGAGAGGCUCAACUGGACCUUUGAUCUUGCCACCAACUUUAGAAAGAUCGGUUGGAACUGUUCCAUCGCCUCAGUUCCCAGACCCAAUAUUCCUCACAAUGUCCGUGAUGGGGACCCAGUAUCUCUCAAGGGCAUGCCUAUUAUCUCAAGAAGCGGUUACCAGCGCAGUCUCACUCAAGCAGAGUUUGUAUGGACGCGAAUCCGCAAUGUCGCCGUCAUGUACGCCUUGCUUGAUUUCCUGGCCGUCUUUAUAGUCAAGGACCCCUAUUUUAUCUAUGGCCCUGAUCAUGACCUCGAGCUGCCCCCUUUCCUAAGUCGCUUUCCCCCAUGGCUUCUCCUCAUGUACCGGGAACUCUUCAGCAUGGGUGGUAUCUUUACCCCUAUUCAGGCCAUAUUCAACCUUCACGACUUGUACCAGUACUUCGUCUUCAGUUCUCUCUUCCCAGCACGUGGUGAGCUUUGGCAAUACACCUCUAUCUUCGGCUCAUUCUCCCAGGUCCUCGAUAGAGGCUUAGCUGGCUGGUGGGGUUCUUGGUGGCAUCAGACCUUUCGUCUUCAGUUUGUUGCUCCCGCAAAGUAUCUGGUUGACCAAGGUUAUCUCAGCAAGAAAACAUUGCUCACCCAGGUCAUCACCAUGUACAUCUCGUUCUUUCAGUCUGGACUACUUCACGCCGCCGGAAGCAUCUCUUGUAUGCGAGAUACCAAAAUCUGGCGCUCUCCAUGUUUCUUCCUCCUUCAGCCCCCCGGAAUUGUCCUGCAGCAUGCUGUGAACCAUGCCAUCGAUAGGUACCUGCCCGGCACUCCACGACGGCUCCGUCAGGUAUUCAACUUGGUGUCCUCUUUGGCCUGGUUAUACCUGACGGCCUCAUUCUUCACGGACGAUAUUGCAUCUACAGGACUCUGGCUCCUGGAGCCUGUGCCAAUUUCUCCGCUGCGGUGGUUAGGGUUUGGUCAGCCAAACGACCACUGGUGGAGAUGGAACAGAGAACUCUUUCCUUUCUGGCAUUCAGACAAGAGCUGGUGGAAGAGCGGUCUGCAGAUGUGA